AUGGUAGAAACUAACGAUGACGAUGCCCAAGACUUAUUUGAUGAUGAUAUAAGUGAUGAAGAGGAAGAAGAGAAUGAACAGGCUUAUACACCAAUUAAUAUUGAUCUUGACGAAGUUAAAA